AUGGACUCUCAGAAACAAGCUUUACCAUUUGAAUUGAAGGUCCCAAUAUUUGAUGAAAAUGGGUUUUAUUCGGAUGUCUCAUCGUAUCUAUCUGCAGUGAAGCAGGAACUGGAGAAAGGUGAUCAAAUCUUCUUCACGCGAAAGGUAAAAAGAAAGUUUAGUGAAUUAGAAGAAGAAAAAAAACCCUCAACAGAGACAUUGGAGCUUGGUGAUGAUGAUAAUGUUGACACUAUUUCUAAAGUGGACACACCUACUAGUGAUGAAAAAGAGGACGUAAAUGACCAAGAAACACUGCAAUCUAAAUAUGAAUCUGAUCAGUGGAGAACAUCGUUUAUAGAGGACUUCAAAAAGCAGAAAGCAGAAUAUGAAAAUGAUGAUGGAAAAGAGGAAGAAGAAGAAGAAGAAGAAGGAAUCGAUGAAUGUGGCGAAGAUAAAACUAAAGAUAUUGAUGUUGAAAAGCUUCCAGAAAAUUUCACUGGCUGGAGAGCAUUUAUGAUCAACAAUAAGCCUUCAAAGUAUUUGCUAGUUUUGCUACCCCAAGCCACUAUUCUCAAAUUAAUAAUAUAUAUGAAAAAGCUAGUUGAUAAAUCUAUGAAAGGCCACAUGAAAUUAUGGACUCCUGCCUUAUUUUUACGAUUAUCAGAUGUGCUUGAAUACAAUGACGUCUACGAGUUAAGAGAGGUAUCGAAGAAGAUGAUUUUUUUCAAGAAGAAUAAGAAACUACAAGAUAAAGAAAGUAAGUUAACAUGCGAUAUAAUAAUCGCCAUAGUUUAUGAUAUCUAUGGUCAGAAAGAUCUAUACUUAUGA